GUGACCACGAUUGAAAUUAUUGCAUCGGAAGCAUCUUUUUUUAUUCCUGUAAAAUAAAUACAAUGAGCGUUCGAAGCUAGUUUUCUCGAAGAAGCAGAAAACCCCUCUUCCUUUUACCAAAUCACUAGCCCUCCCCUUCUCUCAUUCCUCCAUCAAUCACCAAUCCUCCAUCCAUGGCCGCCGUCGCUCAUCUAAAUCCACCAAACUCUCCAUCUCUUUCCGAACGUCGCCGAAAUCACAACUUCCGGCUUCUCUCCGUCGUCUCGGCCUCCGCUAAAAACAAACUUCGCGUCAACGGCAUCAAUGGAUUUCCCUCUGAUGAUCCUUGCCUCUCCCUUCGAGUCGCUUUCCAGGGCUCCCAUGGCGCCUACAGCGAGUUCGCCGCAAAGACCGCGAUCCCUAACUGCGCAACCCUCCCCUGCCGCUCCUUCUCCGAUGCGAUCGCGGCCGUGGAAAACGGCCGAGCCGAUCGUGCCGUCCUCCCAGUCGAGAGCACCAUGGAAGGCACCGCCCUCCGAAACUACGACCUCCUCCUCCGACGCGACCUUCGGAUCACACAGGAGAUCAGCCUCUUCGUCCACUAUUGCCUCCUCGCGAUGCCCGGCGUCCGUACCACCGAGCUCCGCCGCGUGAUUAGCCAUCCGAUGGCGCUGGCGCACUGCGGCCGCGCAAUUUCCCAACUCGGCCUUCGUCGCGAGCCUGUCGAGGAUACCGCCGGCGCCGUUCAGAUGCUCCGAUCUCACCGCCUUUUAGACACCGCCGCCAUCGCUAGCCCUCGCGCCGGGCUCCUUUACGGCCUCGAUGUCCUCGCCGAUGGCCUCCAGGACGCGUCAUGGAACGUCACGCGCUUCCUUCUGCUGUCGAAGCCAGUAACUGCGGCUACGACUGUCUCAGGCAAGGCGAAGACCAGUAUGGUGGUGGCGCAUCGCGGGGGUUCGAUGAUGGUGCUCCUCAAGGUACUUUCUGCUUUUUCUUCUCGGAACAUCAAUCUGACGAAGCUGGAGGUGAAUAACCCUUCAAUUGAGGGGCAAGGGCCGGUGAUGGUGCUCGAUGUGAAGGCUAUGGGUUCUCUCCGUGCUUUUUCUCAUCUAAUUUAUGUGGAUUUUGAGGGUUCGACGGAGGAUUUUAGGGUUCAGGAGGCCCUUGAGGAGAUAGCAGGGUUCUCCGUCUUCGUUCGAAUUCUGGGCUGCUAUGCGGCUGAUUCUAAUGUAUAUGAUCUCCAUUAUUAGCUACUUGUUAGUAAUUUCUCUAAAAGGUUUGAUAUAUAGAUAUCUUCCAUAGCUUGAUUGCAA